CCCAAGCGGCGGCGGGGGCGGGUGGCCGGGGACGCGGGCCGGGUAGCGCCGGGCCGAGCGCAGAGCUAUGGGCCGGGCUGGGGCUGGGACUGGGACCGGGGGUGCGGCGGUGGCAGUGGCGGUGGCGGGGCUGCUGCUGCUGCUGCUGCUGCUCGCUCGGUCCCCGCCUGCCGCCGCCGGCGACGGCAGAAAGAGCGAUGCCAGGCUGGUGUCUGAGCAGUUUUCACAGUCCCCGCAGAAGCUGGCUUUCUAUAGCUGGUAUGGCAGCACCAGGCUCUUCCGCUUCCGUGUGCCCCCCGACACCGUGCUGCUGCGCUGGCUGCUGCAGGCAUCCCAGGGCAGCGGCCCCUCCUGCACCAACGUGGAGAUCACUGUGUAUUUCCGCUAUGGCGCCCCUCCUGUCAUCAACCCACUGGGCACCAGCUUCCCCGACAACACCUCCGUGCAGCCCUCCUUCCUUGUCAAGAUGCUGCAUGGCAACACCUCCAUCAACAUCUCCCACCCAGCACCCGGGGACUGGUUUGUGGCCGCCCACCUGCCCCCCUCAUCCCAGAAGAUUGAGGUGAAGGGCUUUAUUCCCACCUGUGCCUACGUCUUCCAGCCUGACAUGCUGGUUGUGCGGGUGGUCGAGGUCUCUAUCCUGGAGCCUGAUGUGCCCCUUCCGCAGACUCUCCUCCACCAUCCCAGCUACCUCAAAAUCUUUGUCCCUGAGUACACCCAGGAGCUACGGUUGGAGCUGCAGGGCUGUGCAUCCAAUGGGAGCCUGGGCUGCCCCGUGCGCCUCACCGUGGGCUCAGCCACCCUGCCCGGCAACUUCCGGAAGGUGCUCACUUGCACAGGGCCCACCCAGGACUGCCGCCUGCUGCUGCCCUCACCGCCCUGGGGCCGGUGGCUGCAAGUGACAGCCAAGAGCCUGGCGGGGCCGCUUGUGUCUGUAGCUUUCACUGCUGUAGCUGCACUCACAGCCUGCAGGCCAUGGAGUGUGAGCUUCCAGCACCUUCUGCAGAACAGUGCAAACCAGAGCAGAAAUGCCUCCACUGGUCUGCUGCCCCUGAGCCCCAGCUACCAGGAACUGGACAGGAGCAGCGGGGCAGGUGACAGCCCCUUCUGCCUCAGGAACUACCCAGUCCCUCGGGAAGACUUGGACGUGGUGUCCGUGCGCUUCCGGCCCCUAGACCAGGUGUCGGUGCAGUCAGACAUGCCCUCCGUGUUGCGGCUGUACCUCAACACGGGCAUGGACAGUGGGGGCUCCCUCAUCAUCUCUCUGCAAGUCAACAAGACCGCAAUUGCCAACAACACCUUGGUGGUGGUCUGUGUGACUGCCGCCUCGCCCUUCCUCAGCUUCAAUGAUUCGCUCAACUGCACCACAGCCUUCUUCCAGGGCUACCCUCUGUCUCUGAGUGCCUCAUCGCGCAAGACCACCCUUGUUAUUCCUUACCCAGAGACAGACAACUGGUACCUCUCCCUGCAGCUUGUGUGCCCUGAAAGUCCUAAGGAGUGUGAGCAGGCCUUGGUGCCUGUGGAGACCACUUUGUACUUGGUGCCUUGCCUGAAUGACUGCGGACCCUAUGGCCAGUGCCUCCUGCUGCGCACACACAGCUACCUGUAUGCAGGCUGUAGCUGCAAGGCAGGCUGGCGUGGGUGGAGCUGCACAGACAACAGCACGGCCCAGACUGUGGCCCAGCAGAAGGUAGCCACCCUCUUGCUCACCCUCAGCAACCUCUUGUUCUUGGCUCCAAUCACCGUCUCCGUGCACCGCUCCCACCUGGUAGAGGCCUCCGUCUAUGCCUACACCAUGUUCUUCUCCACGUUCUACCACGCUUGUGACCAGCCAGGAGAGGCGGUGCUGUGUAUCCUCAACUAUGACACCCUGCAGUACUGUGAUUUCCUGGGCUCUGGAGUGUCCAUCUGGGUCACCAUCCUCUGCAUGGCGCGGCUGAAGGCAGCCUUGAAAUACGUUCUGUUCCUCCUGGGCACUCUGGUCUUCGCCAUGUCCUUGCAGAUGGACCGCAGGGCAGUCUGGAACACAAUGGGGCCUUGCCUCUUUGCCAUCGUGGUCAUGGUCACCAUGUGGGUGUACCGCUGCGGACGCCGGCGCCACUGCUACCCCACCUCCUGGCAGCGUUGGAUCUUCUACCUCCUGCCUGGCAUCUCCAUGGCCACUAUGGCCAUCACCAUCUACACCUCCAUGAUGACCAGCGACAACUAUUAUUACACCCAUAGCAUCUGGCACAUGCUGCUGGCAGGGAGCGCAGCGUUCUUGCUGCCACCACGUGAGCAACACACUGAUCCCUGGGCCUGCUCCCAGAAGCUCCCCUGCCACUAUGAGAUCUGUAAGAACCACCGGGAAGAGCUGUACACAGUGACAUGACACGGCCUACAGCUGUGAUCUCUCCAGUCAGGGGCAAGACUAAGGGAGAAGGACCCUGUUCCCAUCAAUUUCCAACAGAAUAAAAUUGCCCUGUGCA